GCGCAAAAUGAAACUCACUCAGCAUGAAUAAUUUUCCAAAAUCACCCAAAUAAACAAAAUUCAAUAACAUUAUGGCGUUUGUUAUUAUUUUCAGUUGUUUUGAUUGUCAGUAUAAGUAAACAAGCUGAUAAGUUAAUAAAGUAGAAUUUAUUGUCAUUACAAGAAAUAGAAUUAUGUGAUAUAAGUUUCACAAGUGGGUUCGCGUUCUUCAAACUUACUAUGGCCAGUGAAUUCGGUGAUGUACACGUGAAUUUGCACGAUUUUUGCGAUCGACACGCAAAAGCUGCUGCCGUCGAUUUAGUUACGGCGUUCUGCUCAUACAAAGCCUUCCGAUCCUGCGACGGUGUCAAGUCAGCUUGCGCUUCGUAUACGGAAUUUGCGAAGAAAUUUGCCGACAGAUUCGUGGUGCACUUCGAGAACGAGUUCCUCAAAAGGAACCCAGCUCCGUCCAACAACACCAGUGACUGCGCCGUCUCGCGUGCUGCUUCAAACAGCAACGAAGAACUGAGCGAUUUAUCGGAAAAUGAAGUUGAAAACCAAUCGCCCAGAUUCAACCAAAAGCCAUUCUUUCGAAGGCUCUCGUUUAAAGGUUUACGGAAGGGUAAAAACUUCUUCCGCAAACAAGAUUCCGAUGAAAUAGAACUUUCAAUGAACGAGAAGAAAAAUGAUAAGCAAACGAAAUCUAAAUUAGCUAAAAUCACCGUGGAAUGUCGCAGGAAUGGUUUAGCUAGUUAUUUGGUUGCUGAAAAUAUGGAUGGUCAACCUAAAUGGGAAAAAUGCCGAUUAUCUUUAUCUACCAGUGCCGCUGGUGGUUACAUUUUAGUAUUUUACUGUCCUCCAAAGGCGAACAAACCCAAGUGUGGAGUAUUCUGUCAUUUGAUUACUGAAGUGCGAGAAACAACUGCGUUAGAAAUGCCUGAUAAAGAAAAUACAUUUGUCGUUCGUGCUGCUCAUAAUGCUGAGUACGUAAUCGAAGCUCAAAGCUCAGAAGAUCGAAGGGACUGGGUAGCUACGUUGAAGUAUUGUAUGAGAGAAAGUAGAGCCAUCGUCGAUGGAGCUGACCGAGUUUCACUUGGGACGGUAAACGAAGAACCUGGUCUAUUAAGAUCUAUUGCUAUGUGCAAUAAAUCUUCUACGGUCGAUUCCGACAUUCCAGACUUACCACCCAGACCGACCGGUACUAAGCUAGAAAAUGUACCUGGAUACCACAAUGAAACGUUGCAUUCCUCAAGAAUGGAUAUGGAUAAUGGCUUCGAAGCUGCAGUUGAUGUAGAUUUAUCAACCGAACUACGAGACUAUCCAUGGUUCCAUGGAACUUUGGUCCGUUCCGAAGCUACCAAUUUAGUCCAGCAUUCGGGAGAAAAUGGUCACGGUGUGUUUCUAGUUCGGCAGUCGGAAACUCGUAAAGGAGAAUUCGUAUUAACGUUUAAUUUUCACGGCCGAGCAAAACAUUUAAGAUUAUUGUUGAAUGAAACGAAGCAAUGCUGCGUGCAGCAUUUAUGGUUUCCUUCGAUAUUCGACGCUUUGGAACAUUUUCGUCAAAAUUCCAUACCUUUGGAGAAUGGCGGAGUCGGUGACGUUAAAUUGACCGAGUAUAUAAUCAAUACUCCAUCACCGGCGCAACCUAUUGUACAUAAUCAAAGAAAUAACGGCCCUGUCGAACCUAGGCAUCCUAUUGCCGUUCCUCAACCUAGAGAAAUAAUUAAAAUUAACGGCUCUCUACGUGUGAAAACCGAAUAUUUAGAAUUAAAUGAAAAUUUACUUUCAAGUUCUCCCACAACUUCGACAUCAAACGCAUCUGCCUCUAAUACUGGAACAAAUAAUAAUAGAGCUAUCGCAAACACCUAUAGUUUUAUAUAAAAAUUUUAAAAUAUCAUUUUAAUUUUCUUUAGACGCUUUCUUGUUAUUGUUAAACUUGAAUGUUAUCGCUUGAUUAAUUUUAAUUGAAAAAAAAAAAUUAAUGUUCGUAAGUAUAUUAAGCAAAACUUUGCUAUCGCUUGAAUAAAAUUAAGGUUGAUGAUUCAUAAUUAAUUUUGAUUUAUUUGCCGCGUUCGCAUCUAUCAAAAGCUGCUUCUAAGUAGAGAGUUGUUACCUUAACGUUUUUAAACUUUUUUUUUUUUAAAUUUACCAUUGACUGAAAAUUCUAUUUUGAUUGAAAUGGUUUUUUUUUGUUUUGUUGAAAAAAGCUACUUAUUGUAUUAAAUUUUUUAAUGAUUCUCUCAAGUUUCUUCUACAUCAUACAUCACUUUUUCCUCAUUCUCUUUUAAUUGUACGUAUACCAUUGCUGGUCAAUGUCAAAUAAAUUACCUAUAUCUAUACCGUGAUAAUUACUAGCUUACUAACCGCAAAAUUUGUUUACAUCACUAGAAAUGUAUUAGGUGUUCAAACCAUACAACCAUACAUAUAAUAACUGUUUACCAUUUUUGACAAUUCAAACCCCCCCGUUGAAUAAUUGUUUCAUUUGUUUUACGUUUGUUACUUUUCAAAGAUUGUAAAUUCCUUGAAAUAUUUUGUACAUACUUGUAAUAAUUACCGAUAUGCUAAGUCGUGUACGUUCUAUGUAAAACUUUCUGUGUAAUCUAGUCUAAAUUCUUGUAGAUACUUUAUUUUAGACAGUUUUUUUUCUUCUUCUUCAUUUGUACAUGUUGCUUAAUAUUAUUCUCCAGCUGAAAUGUAUUUUUCAAAUCAAUCUCAUCCGUACAAAAUUUUAUCAAUGUGGUUUUUAAAAAAGUUCCAUUUCGUGUUUAUUCGCUUUAUAAAAAUUGACGUAUCCGUGCUCGAAAAGAAGUCGAGGUUGUUCUGUUCAAUUUUGCUCAUUGUGUGAUCACAACACUGAAGUGUGAAGGAUACGUUUAGCUUUAUGGGUUUUGUUUCGCUAACAUUGUAAUAGUAAACUGGAAGAAGUUUGCGUAAAUUUAUUUGGAAAAUCAUUUCUGCGUAAAACAUAAGUAUUUUGAAAUAAUUGUUGUGUAUUUUUCAUUUUAUGAUUGUAUUAUAUUUUAAAAGCCGUUGUAGGAAAUUUUCAUUCAAAUAAACGAAUCUUGGUCUCAAA